UUACUUAAAAAUAUUGAAAAUGGACGAUAAAUAUGCAGGAUAUUGGCCUGGAGGAGAAGACAAAGAAGCCAGCAUCUUUAAUGGCACUCAAAGUCAGACAGAAAGCCACAAGGAAGCUACUCCUGAAUCUUCUGAAGUUAAUAAUUCUCCUCCAGUACCAGCCCAAGAAAGUAGCAGCGAAGAAAUUUUUGAAGAUAAUACUCAGAAAGACUCCGAUUCCGAUGAUAUCUUUGGCGAAGAAACAGAACAGCAGGACAUAACAAAUGAGCCUCCUCAGGAAGAAAGCGAGGAAAUAAAAUUCCAAGACUCUACACCCACUACAUCCCCAAAACCUCCCUCAACCCCCCAAAAUCAUCCCCUACACCACCACCCCCCUCCCACUUCCCCGCUCUCAAAUCCCCCAAAACCCCUUUCCCAGCCUAAAACCCCUCCUCUCCCCUCCCAAAAGAGCCCAGCCACUAAAAAUUCUGCAAAAACCAGUACCCCACCAGCCAAGAUUGGACCCUGCCCGAAGAAAAAGCUGGAACAGACUGAGAACAGUACUGGGGUCUGAACUGAAGAGACUGAGAAGAGGAAGACAGUUAAGAAGAGAGCUAAAUAAGGUGAAGAAGGUGGUGAAGAAGAGACCGAGAAGUCAGGAGAAGGGGGUUAAUAGGAAGUUUAAGAAGAAAGUUCGGAGAGAGGAGGUGAUGGUUGGGGGAGUGGAGUUAAGAGGAGGGAAGAGGUGGCAGAAUGGUGAGGAGAUUGGUCCCUGAGUGGUGAAGAAGGAGACUAAAGAAGAAAUCAAGGUGGGGAUUAAGAAAGAAGGUGGAGAUUUACAAGAUGAUGUGAAGUCCAAUAAGCCUAAAGAUUUAAUUAAAGAAGAGUGUCUCACUGGAGUUUUCACGAAUGAGAAUACUCUCUCCUUAAUCAAUAUGGCUAAAAGCUUUGGUCAGAAGAGCUGAAAACAACUUGAAACAGGGGAGAUCCAGAACGAGACUGAAAAAGAUGAGAACAACAGGAAAGAUCUUAUUAAGAGGAAGAAGAAAGCACUUGAGAAAGAAUUUGAGCUGAAGUGCCAUAGAUAUUCUAUUGAGAUCAAGCCUGAGUAUUUUAUCAUCCAGAAAGUUUCUAUUGGUAAGGAAACGAAGAGGAUAGUCACUGGAUAUAAAUGAAACAUCAAGGAAAAUGGUGUUUUGUGAGAUAAAAUCAAAAAGUCUUGGCCUGACUUAGUAGACCAUGUUGGAUUCCACCUCAAUAUUACGAGGUACCAGUGAAAAAUAUGCGACAAAGGAUUCUGAGAUAGAAGCAAGCUCAUCAGCCAUAUGCAGAAUCAUAUGUUUGAGAAGGAGGAGAAGAAAUACUUUGAAUGCCCUGUAUGAGGAAAGAAGUACAGAGUGUUUAGAACUCUAUCAAACCAUUACUCAGGCCAUUGCAAAAAUAAAGAUGUUGAGAAUAGUGACGAAAUGCAGCACCUCCCAAAGACUUAUAGCUUCAGGAAACUUUCUGAAGCUUACUUGGAUAAAAUCAGUCAGAUAAAUGACUUAUCUAAAUAUGGAAGCUUUCUCUUCUGUGACAUAAUGAAGUGUGAUGCUGUCUCUUAUAUCCUGAAAGAGUCUAAAGAAUCUACUCUUAAUCAUCAAACCCAAGUAGAGACUUCUGAGUAGUCUUCAAAUGUCAGUAAGCAGACGGAUUUGAGUUAAUAAAUAAAACAGUUCAACGU